AACGUACUCUGUACAAACUGCUUACCCUUGCAAUGCAAUGAGAUUGUGUUUGGCGUGACUCCAGACCGGACCCAUGAGUCGCUGUUAGUUUCCGUUAGAUUUAGCGCUUGUCAACUGUAGAAUCUUACUGUCAGCAGAACCUUGGCUAACGGAGUGGGUUUUCUUCUGGCAAACAACAGUCUCGACUUCUAGCUUGCCGCAGUUGUGACGUGGUCCCUUGCCACAAGCGCCAUGGCGAAACUGUGGCUCAACGUUCUUCUGAUUGCGUCACUUUUCUCCACGCUUCAUGCAAAAAAACUAAAGGAAUUGAUCAGCAGAAUGCCCGAUGAUGUUUACGACGAAGCUGCAGAAAAGACAGCAGAGGCGCAGGAACUGACGGAGCAACGUCGAGACAUUCCUUUUUGGAACGACUCCCGCCUCUGCAACUUCCACGAAUGCUUCAAGAACUUAAAGACGUGGCCGAAAGUCCCCUACUACCUGCUGAAGGACGGUAAUUUCGUCGUUGACUGGCCCACACGUUAUGUCAGAAUGCUCUUCAUCUACAACAAGAAUGCGUUUGACAAAGUGUUCCAGAGGGACCGAGUGGCAGUUGAGAACCACGCGAUGGAAGCAGUUGCAAUUCUUGAUAAGGCCUACAAAACAAUCAACUUUCGUGUGCUCCUGAGUGGGGUUGAGAUUCUGGAGGAAUAUUGGCCAGGGGAAGGGGAGAACCCUCAUUACUCUGACUAUCUGAAGCCAAAGGUCAGGGAGUAUAUCUGGAACGAUCUGCGACCAGUCCAUAAAUUUGAUACAGCAACAUUCAUUACUGGUCCGCCCUAUUUUCACGGAACCGGCGCCACUGGUGCGGGAAUGGGAGACCUUUGUCAGAUGGAGAGCGCUGACAAUUUCCCCUUUAUAAUCAGCGGGUCAACUGCCAUCACAACCGGUAGACCCGCCGACUACAUUGAUGUGCUUACCCAUGAGAUGGGGCAUCAGUUUUUCGUGGGGCAUCCUUUCGACCCUCUCGAUGAUGGGGACUCGCCGUGCCCCACAAGGAAGCUGUUUGGAUCUCCAUGCACAAUGGGUGGCAACGGUUACCCGAAGUCGUUUGGCCUAGCGUUCUUUGACAGCAUCAAGAAACACAACUUCACCUGCUUGGAGAAGAAACCACCACAGGAAGAGGUUUACAAGUGUGGAAACGGCUUUCUUGACCACGGGGAGGAAUGUGACUGUGGGUCGGACACGAGCUGCCUGCUGAGUGACCCAUGUUGUGACGGCCAGACGUGUAAACUGAAACACGGUGCUCAGUGUGCCGAUGGUCAGAUGUGCUGCAAGAACUGCAAGGUUGAUCUAGAGAGUUGCCCCGUCACUGCCAUCAUUGCGGACAGACGUGUGUGGGCUCAGUUUGGUCAUGCUUCAACCUUCUAUACGGAGAUUACCACACCCGCCUCCGGCACCAUAGAGCCGUUUCCUUUCGGACAGUUGACACCUGAGAAUGUUAAGAUACCUGGGAAGAUGACAACUUCAAACACUGUGUUCAGUUGGCUUCUUCAUGCACCGGCGAACCAGACAGUCAAGAUCCACAUGGUGGUACCGCAGAUGGAUUCGGAGUAUUUCGAAGUUUGGGUCGGCUGUCCUUACGACUGGCUGGAAGUGCGAGACGGAGGGGAGGUGACGUCACCGCUCAUGGGCCGCUUUUGCACUCCUUUGCGAAACCAUGUCAUCACGUCAUCCACGAACAAGAUGCUGCUAAGGCUGCGCAGUGAUUCGUCAUUUGAUAGCCACUUUGUGGUAAAAUACGAAUUCCACUCGCAAGUCCUGGACAAUACCAAGAACCCUGAGGCACAAGACGGAAACGUUGCUGAUAAAAACUGCCAAGAAGGAAGCGGCGCCUCUUAUCGAGGAACAUGGUUCACGACGGUAUCAGGGAGACAGUGCCAGCGUUGGGACAGCCAGGCACCUCACACUCACACCAGGACACCGUCAAACUACCCUUCGGCGGGUCUGGAGGAGAACUACUGCCGCAACCCCGAUGGCGAAGACGCGGUCUGGUGCUACACAGCGGAUCCCGACCAGCGCUGGGACUGGUGCCCUGUCCCGAAAUGUGCCAGCGGGUUGGUGGAGGUUGGUGAAGAAGUGCAAGACAUGGAUGCUGAAGACUGUUAUGAAGGUAGAGGAGAGUCAUACCGGGGUAUGGUUGCACUGACCUGGUCGGGCCGGACCUGCCAGGACUGGUCAGCACAGACACCCCACGGACACGGGUACACAGCUGACAAGUACCCAGACGCCGACCUGACCAACAACUACUGUAGAAACCCCAACAGCGAUAACGACAUCCGCCCAUGGUGUUACACGACUUCCGCAGAAGAGAGAUGGAACUACUGCGCGAUACCCAAGUGCCUCGCUGGCGUUCCAAACGUCAAGCCUGCUUCGUGCGCGGAAGCGAAGUCCCUCUACCUUACCAACGAGGAUGGGGAGUACAGAGUCUACCCUUUUUCAACGUGCAGAGAUGUAUCCAUCCGCGUCUAUUGUCACAACAUGGCGUCCGGAAACCCGCAGGAGUUCCUGUCCCUACCGUCUGGUCCGGAGAGUAACUACGCCAUGAUCUUUGCUGAGCGUUUGGCGGAUGCCGUUGGAGGUCAAUGCGAUGGUCCCUUGCAGGAUCCUUACUCCAAACGUGCCGGUACCACGAUGUUCAACAAGAUCAGAAUCAAGUUCGAAAAAUCCAGGAUCAAGGUCAUUCGGGAUGACUACACCUUUGCUAGAACCCUUGGUAACAAUGUGUCUUACGCGGAGGCUGGUGACUGUUAUUCAUGGAAACAAGGAUGUGCCAAGGGAACGUUUGAGGUGAAUCUGAUGGGGACUGAACUAGAGCUGGCACCAGACGUCCACUGGGUCAUGGAGGAACGGCAUCCAGAAAACAUCGCCAUCAACGACAUGUUCAUCUCCGACGACAGAAAGAUUGCCUCGGCACGAUGUGGGGGCUGGUGUGGUCACUGUUGGCCUGAAGACAAGAAUCUCGUGCUGUCACAUCCGAAAUGUCAACACCAACCUGGGAACGAGGAAGUCUGUCAAGUAGGGAAAGGCAGUUCGUACCGGGGGAUGAAGCGUACGACCGAAUCCGGCAGGGAGUGUCAGCGAUGGGAUAGUCAGAGUCCACACCAGCACAGCAGGACGCCCGAGAGCUACCCUACAGCGGGACUGGACAGGAACUACUGCCGUAAUCCCGACGACUCUGAUGCCGUCUGGUGCUACACCACAGACCCUGAGAAACGCUGGGAGUACUGCGAUGUGCCCACAUGUGAAGCUGCGUCUAGGUGUCCGCUCCAGGACCCACCAAUCAACGGUGCCCUAUCGUGUGACGUAUGGCUUUAUGGCCAGUUCUGUAGCGUGCAGUGUGACGAGCGGUAUGACUUCUCGACGAAACCGGCAAACAUGUACGUCUGCGGAUCUUCUGGAAGGUGGCGAACGGAUCCUCCUGGCAAGGAGACCAAAUGGCCGGAUUGCACAGUGAGACGCAAUGCCGAAUUCUCGAAGGGAAUCGAGUUCCAGUACUAUGAAGGCCAUUGCCCGGAUAAGGAGUCGAGGCAAAAUCAUGUCAAACAAAACUUCAUCAACCAUUUCAACAGCACGGUCUUCGGCAGGUUUGGCGGAUGCACAGGAAAUACCGACUGUACUGCAGACAACGUGCGUGUAGUUUGUGGCGAGAAGAACGACGACAGUGUUGUCGAUCUGGUACCGGAAGAAGCGUCUAGGUGUCCGCACCAGGACCCACCAAUCAACGGUGCCCUAUCAUGUGACGCAUGGCUUUAUGGCCAGUUCUGUAGCGUGCAGUGUGACGAGCGGUAUGACUUCUCGACGGAACCGGCAAACAUGUACGUCUGCGGCUCUUCUGGAAGGUGGCGAACGGAUCCUCCUGGCAAGGAGACCAAAUGGCCGGAUUGCACAGUGAGACGCAAUGUCGAAUUCUCGAAGGGAGUCGAGUUCCAGUACUAUGAAGGUCAUUGCCCGGAUAAGGAGUCGAGGCAAAAUCAGGUCAAACAAAACUUCAUCAACCAUUUCAACAGCACGGUCUUCGGCAGGUUUGGCGGAUGCACAGGAAAUACCGACUGUACUGCAGACAACGUGCGUGUAGUUUGUGGCGAGAAGAACGACGACAGUGUUGUCGAUCUGGUACCGGAAGAAGAGUGAUUCCGACUGGUACCUUGACUGUUCUGAGGUAGGGAGGUGCGCACUGACCUGCGUGGUGUCCCUGGGGUUUCCCUGCACAGACGCCCACAAACCCAGUGUCAGCGCACGCGCCACUAACUAUCUCUUGGAUCAGAUAACGACUAAUCUAGUACGUAGCGUCAUCGCAUAUUGUUGUGCUCUUUAAGUCCGGUCGACUCAAAUUAACAUGAACGUUCAUUUGUGUAGCAGUCUGACAAUAUACCUAGCUAUGGGACAGAUGAUGAUGACAGGAACAUAUAACUUCCAGGCCCAUGGAGCUGACAAAGGAACUAACGUUCACUCACGUAAUGAUGUUUUGAUUUGCCUUUGAAAUCUAAACCGGCAGUUCUCACAAAUAUAAACAGAAUAUUUAAUUAAUAAGCCUUAGAUAGUCUGUUAAUCUGAGAACCGCCGGCGCCUCUUACUAUUUGCAUUGUCGCCAUGCUAUCAGUGGACAUUGGAAGGUUGAUAUGUUAACAAGACUUAUGCAUAGUUAUGCGCACUAUUUAGACGAGCUUCUGUAUAAGUACAAACUAUGUAACGGAACAGUACAAAAUACAAUUAAUCCUUCACUUUUUACGGGUGGAGUUUCAUGAUAUUAGAUUGUAUGGUGUGAUUCCAGAUUAAAUCGCCAGGUGUCAUUUACACGUAAAUGUCAAAAUGCUUCUGGAUUGUUAGUUGCUUAGUUCAAACAAUACAAAUCAGUACUAUUUCCUGGUAUCUAGAUAAAUAAAUCUCAAUAACAGCAA